AUGUACCACCAAAGUCCGUAUACAACUACUACCGAACUGACGGAAAUCGAAACUGAGCUUCAAAGACUUGAAGAUGCAGGUAUAAUUACUCCCGUAGAUACAUCUAAAUGGGCUGCACCAAUCGUUGUUAGCCGAAGAAAUGGUAAGACAAGAAUUUGUGGAGACUACUCUACCGGUCUCAACAAUAUGAUAGAGCCAAACCAAUAUCCUUUGUCAAUGCCUGAGGAAAUAUCACACUGUCACGACAGUACCGUGUUUACACACUUAGACUUGUCAGACGCCUAUCUUCAAGUUGAAGUCGAUGACGAAAGUAAGGACUUGCUUACUGUUAACACCCACAAGGGUUUAUACAAAUUCAACCGGCUCACACCAGGUAUAAAAUCCGCCCCAGUGGCCUUCCAACGUAUAAUGAACCAGCUCUGUGCUGGCAUUAAUGGUGCAAAAGCUUAUAUAGAUGAUAUAAUGUUAUCAACUGAUGCAUCCUCCCAUGGUAUCGGGGCAGUCAUAUACCACACUUUUCCCGAUAACAGCAUCAAAGCCAUACAUCAUGUAUCCCGUUCCUUAACACCAGCCGAAAAGAACUACAGCCAAAUAGAUAAGGAUGGAUUUGCUGUGCAACGCACAGUGGUAUAG